CUCUUCUUCCUUGGCGUCGCGGCUCAAGCCUCGCACACCAUUGACAACCCACUCCCCGUAAUAACGCCUCAAUUCAAUUCGCCGUCUACUGUAUGGAACGACCUUUCCGAUGCAUUGCCCGUGGUUCCUUCCAGAGUAGAGGCAUUUGAAUCCGGUUACUCUUUCGCAUCGUGUGGUGCCGGAACCAGCGAUGGCGUGGGGGAGUAUGACGCUUACAACAUAUUUUAUGAUGACUGCCCCGAACCUUGGCAAAUUUGCCUUCACAAAGAUAACGGUAUCUCCUUAGACUCGGUAACCGAGAUGUUUGGAAAGGUGCCUGUAGGUUUUAGGCAAUAUGUCCGUGACUUGACCGUUGGCAAUAAUUCUGUUGCGUUCUGGAAAAACACAUCCCUCGUCAUGUCGCCGAACUUUUGGAGGAUUUAUGUCAUGAUCCACGAAUCUACACACGCCGUCGAUCUCCUUAGCACAGCGGAUCUUGUAGCUAUCGAUGCUGGGACCUAUAGCGACUCUCAGGAAUGGCGCGAUGCCUACUAUUCGGACAAAAGCGUUCCGACCACGGGUUCCAACUAUCUCUGGGAGGAAAGCUUUGCCGAGAUGGGUCCUCGAGCCUUUUAUGACUGGUAUGUUGAAGGAGGGCUCGCAAAUUUCCAGCCGAACUGGAAUGAGUUCGAAAACCAGCUGGCCACUUUCAAGUCUCUUGUUGGACACCGGGCCCAGCUUGGAGGUACCUGUGAAUUCCGCGUCGCCAAUGAGCCUGCGGUGCCGACUUCAAGCACCGGCCGGCGACGAAGGGGACCUGUCCCUGACACCAGUUUCAAGUCAGACAUCCGUGUUAUUCGAGUUCCCGAUAAUCUACCAACCUUUGAGUUUACCGAGUGA